CCCGGAGGUGAGAUAAUUCGAUAAGCGUUAGCGAAGGGGGGUACAAGACGGGAAGAAGGGUCCGGCCUUGAAAGACUGGCCACUGAAGAGGGAGACUGGAAGUUUGGAUGUCGUCACUGUUUGUCCUUUUGUACACGCUGUACACUUGGUACACUUUGCGCAAGCCCCGCAGACAGACCAGACAUGUUAUCCUUCAGGACCACAGGCUACAACGGGUAUUCCUGCAAAUAUUCGCCCUUCUACGAUAACAAACUUGCAGUGGCUACUGCCGCAAACUACGGGUUGGUAGGAAACGGCAGACUCUACAUAUUGACGAUAGGGAACGAUGGGAGAAUUUCCCAAGAUACAUACUUCGAUACCCAGGACGGUUUGUUUGAUGUUGCGUGGUCGGAGCUGCAUGAAAACCAGAUUCUUACAUGUUCAGGAGACGGCUCGAUUUCUCUGUUCGAUAUCACGUUACCCAAGUUCCCGAUCAAAAGGUUCCAUGAGCAUCAGAGAGAAGUGUUUUCGGUCUACUGGAACAUGGUGGAUAAAUCCAUAUUCUGCUCGUCGUCGUGGGACAGUACAAUCAAGGUCUGGUCGCCUGUCAGAGACCAGUCACUUCUCACCUUGACCUCGAAUAAAGACAUGACAGCUCAAACGGAAAACAUACCAUCGGGCGACAAGCCUCCUUUAUCGACAAAACCCGUAGCAGAAAACCCGGUGAAUGAUUGUGUGUAUCAAGCUACAUUUUCACCACACGAUCCGUCCAUAAUAAUAUCGGUGAACUCUGCCUCACAUUGUCAAGUCUGGGAUACUAGAGCUCCGACCCCAUUAACGCUGGAUUUUAUUUCUCACGCUGGCUUGGAGGUCCUCUCCUGUGAUUACAACAAGUACAGACCAACGGUUAUUGCAACAGCAUCGGUGGACAAAUCGAUCAAAAUAUGGGACUUGAGGAUGAUCCCUGAUCUACAACGUAACUUCCUUGCACAAAAGAACAGGGUUGGCCCUUCACCCAUCAACAAGCUUAUUGGGCAUGAUUUUGCAGUACGGAAAGUACAGUGGUCUCCUCACUCCUCAGACACUUUGCUUUCUUGCUCAUACGAUAUGACAUGUAAGGUGUGGAAGGAUCAAACCGACGAAAACGCAAAGUAUAUGAGCAGACUGCGGAUGAAACAUGGCGAAGCCUUGGUCGGAAAUUUUGACAGACACAGAGAGUUUGUGUUGGGUUGUGACUGGUCUCUUUGGGGAAGGGGAUUUGUCGCAAGUACCGGAUGGGAUGAGAUGCUUUAUGUGUGGAAAGCACUGUAAGAAGCGACAUUCUGGUUUGUUUUCAAGUUCAAAUAAUUUGAUAGAAAAGACCGUACAACACUCCUCUUUUUGAAAGUCGCUGAUUUAUCGAGGAGUGCCCACAAAAUUGUCAUUAGUAUCUAAACAAUUAGCAUUUGAGUAAUCUACAUGUGUACGAAACUUACAAAAUACAAUACAAAAUUUAUAUUUCGUGGCCAAAUCAACUCAGACACACGAAACAGUUUAUAAUCAGACCAGUUGUAUAUCGUUGUUUCGAUUUUCUGAAAACCUUUCCACUUCGGUCAUCAAUCUCGUUACCCAAAGGUCUCUGUCUACUCGGGAUCUGGCCAAAAAAUUGAUAGCCCUUCCCGUAACUCCAAGCCUGGAAGCCGAUUUCAGUAAUUCUCUAGUAGAAAUCCUUUCAUGCACAUCUGUAUCACCUACAUUAAAAACCUCUUUUUCAUACUCGUAAUCCGUACUCGAAUCAGAAUCAGAUUCCGCUUCUG